UUGUACAAAGGAACUUAAGUUCAAAAGAAACAAGCAUUCGGAAGCGUAUUGCAAUAAAUAAUUUUGUAUACAACCGGUAAAAAUUAUUGUUUUGAAAUUUUUAUCAAAGGAGCUUAAUAAACUUUAUUUACUGUUGAACAUCAUCGUGCAAUUUUCUCUACUUUUUAAACAUUGAAGUUUUCGAGCUUUGGUAAUCUGAAGCAGUAACUUCCUCUGGAAGAAAUUAAUUACUACUAUACAAAAGUUUUUGAAGGUAUUGCGAUUAUUUUCUGACAAUGUACUUAACUAACCUUUAUGAGGGGAGUGAAGAAAUGAUUGAAUAUUUUGAAACUUCUCUCAAAGAUGUGAAUCAAGAGCUUCAAAAGUGGAAUACUGUGAUCGAAAAUCAUUUAUUGAAAAUAAAUGGAUUAACAGAAGUACUUCGAUUACCAAGCAUUAAUCAAAGCUUUGAAUGGGUAAACACAAGUAGGCCUCUCUCAAUAGAAAAAGAUCUUAGUGGUAAAAUUGUCAUAUUGGACUUUUUUACUUAUUGUUGCAUUAAUUGCGAACAUAUAUUACCAUAUUUAAAAGCAGUUGAAGAUGAAUUUUCUGAUAAUGCAAGUGUUGUAAUAGUUGGAAUUCAUUCACCUAAAUUUCCAAAUGAAAGAGACAAAAACAAUGUUAAGGACGCUGUCUUCAGAAAUAAUAUUACACAUCCUGUAUUGCAUGAUCCAGAAAACUUUUUAUGGAAAGAAAUGGGUAUAUAUUGUUGGCCAACAGUCCUUAUAUUAAGUCCUGCUCAUGUAGUGCAGUUUUCUAUAUUUGGAGAAAGUCAAAUUGAUAAAUUAAGUCAUCUUGUUCAUCAGACAUUGAAGUUCUUCGAUUCUCAAAAACUUACUUUGAACUAUGAGUCUUUAUCAAAUGCAAUUCAAACAGAAAAUGUUUUGUCUGAAACAUUACGUUAUCCAAGCAAUCUAACAGUUUGUGAUGAUUAUAUAAUUGUCUCAGAUACAGGUCACAAUCGACUCAUCGUCAUUACCGUGCAAGGAAAAAUUAUGGAUAUAAUUGGUAAUGGAAAAGCAGGUUUUGAAGAUGGCCCAUACUCAAAAGCUUUAUUUAACAACCCUCAUGGAACUGCAUGGCUGAAACCUAAUAUUAUAUUUGUGGCUGACACAGGAAAUCAUAGUAUUAGACAAAUAGAUCUUCUUUCUAAAACAGUCAUUACUAUUUUUGAUGGCAGAACUAAAAAUUAUGAUUCUAAUCUUAGCACAGAAGAAACUGUACCUCAAUAUAACUUCUUGUCUCCUUGGGAUUUAUGCAUUGGACCCAAGUUAGGAGCUAAUUCUAAACUUUUGAAUACUUUAUAUAUUGCUGUUGCUGGAUCACAUCAAAUUUGGGAAUUAAGUCUGGAUAAUUUAAUAUCAUCUGAUGAACAAUAUGUCCCUGUAAAGUGUGUUCCCUUUGCUGGAAGUGGUAAAGAAGAGUGUCGCAAUAAUUCUUACAAAAUGAAAGCUGGAUUUGCUCAACCAUCUGGAAUAACUUAUAAUGAAGCAUGCCCAGGAGAUUUAUUUAUUGCAGACAGUGAAAGCUCAACUAUUAGAUCAAUCUCUGUUAUUAAUGGUGCUGUGAAAACUGUUGUUGGAGGAAGCUUCAACCCUGAAGAUCUUUUUCAAUUUGGAGAUACUGAUGGGAAAGGCCUGAAUGUGAAGCUACAGCAUCCAUUGUGUGUAUGUGUUGCUGAUGAUGGAAAAAUAUAUGUUGCUGAUACAUAUAACCAUAAAAUGAAGGUAGUCAAUAACAAGACACGAGAAUGCACAACUUUAGAUCUCCAUCAAGCCAGUCAUGGAGCCAGUAAUUUAGAUUCAGAACUCUUUUUUCUUGAACCUAGUGGCUUAUGUUACAUUAAAAAAGACAAUUCUUUGUUGGUAUCAGAUACUAAUAAACAUUGCCUUAAAUUAAUUGAUUUAAAAACAAACAUGAUUACAAAGGUAGCUGUGUCUCAACCUCUUGAUUGUGUUGAUAGUUCUAUUGUGACAACAUUACAAAAAAGUCCCAGUUCAGCCUCUUUGAACAGUACUUCUAUAAAGUUACAUCCCACAUCAAGACAAAACUUAAACAUUGAGCCUAUACAAAUUUAUUUGAAUGUUAAUGGGGAAAUACAUUUCAUGUUUUUGAUCAAUACAAAAGGAAUUUCUUUAACACAAGAUUCUCUACAACAGUGGGACGUUUCUUUUAUAGGAGAAUGUGACUGGAAAGUUGUUUGUUUAGGAGGACUAUUCCAAGAAGAUAUUCAGCCAUCAUUGAUAUUAAAAUGCUUGUCAAAGCAAAAAUCUUGCAUGUCCGAAGUCAAACUCAAUAUUAAUGUUUCAGCUUGCGAUGAUUUGAAAAAAACUUGUUUUGCUACUAGUGCACAAAUAGUUCUUAAAACCACUAUUUCAAAUGCUGGAUGUAAUAUUUUUGACGUCAAAGUAUUUUUGUAAAAUGUUACUCUAUUUUAUUAUUAAGGUUUAAAUAUUUUUCAAGCUCUGUCAUUUUCUUUCUUAAUUUCAAGCAUUUUCAUAUAUCUCACCACAAGAACAUUAUCUGUGAUCUCUUUCUAUUUUUGAUACUAGACUUUUAUUGCAGCAUUUAUUGAUAUUUCUCUGCAGCUUUUGUUGAUAUUUCUCUGCAGCUUUUAUUGAUAAGAUUUUAAAGGCAAUAAAGAUUAUAAAUUUUUA